GUUCUGUGUGCCUCCUACCGCCCCAGGCUCUGCCCCACAGCCCCCUUAUCUCCUUCUGUGCCCCAUAGCCGCCCCGUAUCCUCCCCCUCUUCUCUCUGGGGAUCCUUUUGUGCCCCGUUUCCCCCCAGCAUCACUUUUUUGGGGGGGGUCUCUGUGUACCCCAUAGCCGCCCCACAGCCCCCAUUCCCCUAUAGGGAAUGCUGCCUCAGGCCCCGCCCCGUGCCUUAAAUCCACGCCCACUCCGCCCAGCCACGCCCACUUUCCACCACUCCCGGCUUCCCAUUGGUGCUCCGUCCGCCCACCCGUCGCCGAUCAGUGACGUCACCGCGCCGCGCGCAUCUCAGGCCCCAUCCCCCAGCGCGGCGGUGUCGGGGCUGUCCCGCGCCGCGCCGGUCCCGGUUUGCGGAUAAUGGCGGGGCCGUGCCCGCUGGUGGAGGACAGCUGCAGCCGCCUCCCGUCGCAGAGCAACGUGUACGGGCUGGCGGCGCUGCCCGGAGGCGGGGGGCUGCUGGCGGCCACGCUGAAGGGCAAAGUGCUGCACUUCCGCUACCAACACCUGCGGCACAAACUGCGGCCCGUGGCGCGAGAGCUGCAGUUCACCUACAUCCCGGUGGAUGCGGAGAUCGUCUCCAUCGGCUGCUUCCAGAAAUCGGCCCCAAAACGGGGACUGGUGGUGGGCAUCACCUUCAUUAAGGACUCCGGGGACAAACCCAGCCCCUUCCUCAACAUCUACUGCGACUACGAGCCGGGCUGCGAGUUCGACCUCGACUCAGUGGCGCAGAGCUGCCUCAACCUGGAGCUGCGCUUCACCCCCCUGCAACUGUGCCACGCUGAGUGCGUCACCCCACGUGUCACCCCACGUGUCACCCCAUGUGUCCCCCUAUGUGUCACCCCACUUGUCACCCCACCUGUCACCGCACAUGUCACCCCACGUGACCCCAUUGCCACCCCUGUCCCUCUAUGCACUUCCACGUCCCCAGUUCUUUCCCCUUCCAUCCCACUGUGUCCCCAACGCUGUGUCCCCAGUACCCCCAUU